GUGAAAGAAACCCGACCGGUUAAAAGGGAGUGGAAAGAAUUGACAAAUCAUUAAGUGCGCGGCCGGCCGUCGACAGCCACGUCUUAUCAAAUCCACCCUCGGAAAACUAAUCGAAUCUCCGACUGAGUCCACCCGAGUCGCUGUCAUGUCAAGCAGACUUCCUUGCCCCGUGGUGCCCAGUCUUGAUGUCAGAGACUGCCAGUUUGACUCUGUCGUGGUGGUGACUGAUUCAACAGCGAAACUAACUGGAGACUUGGAAUGUCUGAGGGCUCCUCUUGAGAAGUAUGCAACGAUUGACAGUGCAUUCGAGAAGGAUGUUGUUGUGAUGGAGGUUCCAUUUUUGCCAGGAAAGCGACUGAUAUUUUCUCCCACUGGCCCACUGAAUCGUGACUGUGAUGAUGUGCGAAGAUUUGCUGAUGCAGCAGAAAAUGGAAUUAAGAGGGCAGUCAGUGCUGGUUCGAGAUCACCACUCCUGGUCCGUCCCAUUGACGAUUCCUUCCCCGAAGCAGGCAAGGUGACAACUCUUGGUGCUUUACAGGCUCUUUAUGUGCCUUUGGAAAUCCGAGAAGACCCUAACAUUCCAGGCCGACGCUUUAAGGUAGAUAAAUUGGGUGUGUGGUGUAAUGAUGAGAGGAAAUUAUUGAACGCACUGAACAUACUCAAGGCCAUCGAAAUGGGAAGGUCUGUCACCAGAGAUAUUGGGGGGUCUGACCCAGAGAGAAUGGCCCCACCGCAUGUCGCAGAAUAUGUAGAAGAUGUAUUUGCUGGAACAUGCAUAAAGGUGAUUGUUGUGUCAGAUCUUGCCACGCUCACAAGGGAGUAUCCUCUCCUUGCAGCUGUCAACAGGGCUGCCCAUUUGGUAGAACGGCAUCAAGCUCGCCUGAUAUUCCUCGAGUAUACCGGAGAGGGCACCAUUGAUAAGACACUGUUAUUUGUUGGAAAGGGUAUCUGUUACGACACUGGUGGUGCUGAUAUCAAGGCUGGUGGACACAUGGCAGGCAUGCAUCGGGACAAGUGUGGUGCGGCUACUGUUGCAGGAAUAUUCCAGACACUCUCCGUUCUGAAACCAAAAGGCUUGAAAGCUGUGGCAGCAAUGUGUAUGGUUAGGAACAGUGUUGGUUCUCAAUGUUACGUGGCUGAUGAGAUCAUCACAUCGAGAGCGAAGGUUCGCGUAAGGGUCGGAAAUACAGAUGCUGAGGGCAGAAUGGUCAUGUCAGAUCUGCUGUGCUUCAUGAAGGAACAGGCUCUGAAAGAAGUCAACCCUCACAUAUUCACCAUUGCGACCUUGACCGGACAUGCAAUUAGGGCAAUGGGCCCACACUAUUCGAUUAUCAUGGAUAAUGGCCCAGCCCGUCGGGAGAAAACCUCACAAAAUAUGCAAGAAUCCGGUGAUAGACUCGGCGAUCCUUUUGAAAUAUCCAACAUCAGGAGGGAGGACUAUGAAUUCCAUAAAGGUAAAUCAGAAUACGAGGAUGUACUGCAAUGCAACAAUAGCCCAUCCACGAUGACAGAUCGAGGACAUCAGUCACCGUCAGCAUUCAUGAUCAUGGCUUCAGGGAUGGACAAGCAUGGCAUCGACUCCAAGCACCCAAUACCAUAUUCCCACCUGGAUAUCGCCGGUUCCUCCGGUCCAUUCCCCGGUGUACCGACAGGCUGUCCAAUACCCGCUAUCAUCAACUACUACGUGCUCCCAAGACUGUGAAUGAAACCAGUAUCAUAACGAUGACGUUCCGGUCAGCAACAUGUUAUUGACAAACUUAUUGCUCAACUUGUUAUUGACAAACUUAUGACACCAGGUGAUUAGUGUAGAUUCUACAUUGCUCAGAUAUUUUUCAGUACAAUUUAACCACUGAUGAUUUACUUACUUGUGUCGAGUGUUCUUUUUCAAACUGGUGUUUUUGCUGCUUAGCUCUGUCACUUUCUAGAUUUAUCUGUGCAUAAUAUGUAAGAUUAUAUGAUUGAAAGUUGUUAAGCUUUAUUUCCUUUCAAUUCUUUCAUUUCUUUAGGCUUGUAGUAAAUUGAUAAUUCAAUUAGGUUUGAGAGUGAAAGAAUUUUACUUACUUUUUUGUGGCUUGUUUGUAUCUGCAUGUAUGGAACCUCACUGCUACCAUGUGUUGUUAUUUUUAUGUCAGGUUCAGGCUAUAUUUGGUGGUUUCAACCCUCCAAUGUUACCACUUUGUAAAGCACAGUGUUUCAGGCAAUGUCUCCGUAUCACCAGGACAUAUCAAAUUACAACCAUAAAGCAGGCAAAUACAAUGUACUUCAUAUCAAAACAACCUGCCUAAAUGUAUAGCUACUGUGAAAUCUCAAAAUGAUGGGGAAUGACAAAGACUAUGACCUCUAGAUAGAAACUGGUGUGCAGAUUUGUAGUGUUUGAAUAUCAUACAUGUGCUGUAAAUGUGCUUUCAUGAAUCAAAUUAUAAAAGUCCUGUAGAAAAAGGGACGUACGAUGUAGUUGCCAGAUAAUUUACUUGUGUAAUGUCAUGAUGUAUUGGAUGAGAAGGUUGGUGCUUGUCCCUUAGCUGAUUAUAAUGUACCAUGUCAGAAUGUCUCCCUAUUUCUUCAUACAAUGAUAACUUGUAUUUUGUCUAAUGAUUAUCAAAGGUGCAGUAUUUAAUUUUGAACUUCAAUUGAACCAAAUAAGAGAACCAUUGAUUUUCUGUGUCUAGUUUUCGACAUUUUUGCAUUGAACAUAUGACAUUGAUGUGAUGUUGUGUAGAUGUAGUGUUGGACUGUAUGAAUGGUCAGAUUAUAGUAUGCAAACCUAAGAAUUUACACUUACUUUUGGUUGCUACAGAGGGAUAGUGACCCUAGUGGUUUUAGCUCUUGCCUCCCUCUCAGUGCAAAAAGUCUCUUUUGAGGUAACUUCCAUCUUCACCUGGUUGGCUAACAGCCUAUCCAAAACACCAGAUAUCUGUCCCAAAGUUUUACUUUUUAUGUACGCGUGUAACCACUACUAAAACACCAGGUACCUAAGUACCCGUCACCAGGUAUCCUAAACAAAAAAUAAUGGUCUCUGUUGGACUUUUCUUUCUCACGAACUCUGACUCUAUAUGUAUCUUCUGAUUCUAUAACCUUUGGUGAAUUGUCUGUGAUGUGAUCAUUCUUCAAUAAAGAUAUCUUUGAUUCAAA